UUCAAGAAAAUUAACAAAUAAUAAUGCCAUCACCAAAAACACUGCCGAUGGGCCGUCUUCAACCAGGAAAUGUUGUAGCUCCCGACAGGCCACCCUCCCGGUUACCUGCCGCCCCGGUUCUCUUGCCACAAUCAUCUCACAAGAAAGGUCAAUGGAAAUCCACAAAACUUUUCCGACGUGCAGUUAAGUCAGUUUUCCGGUCAUUUCCGGUGAUAAACCCUCCGUGCAAGAUGCCGGUUUCUCUCCAUGGAAACCGGAUGCACGAAGGACACAUACAUGGUGGAAAACAAAUGACAGGAACCCUAUUUGGGUACAGAAAAGCAAGGGUUAAUCUUGCAAUUCAAGAAACCCCUAGAAGCGUUCCUUUGCUUGUGCUGGAACUGUCCAUCCAUACAGGUAAGCUGCUCCAAGAUAUGGGUUCCGGACUUGUUAGAAUUGCUCUUGAGUGCGAAAAGAACCCGUCCGAGAAACUCAAACUUAUCGACGAACCCAUAUGGACCAUGUACUGCAACGGACGGAAAGCUGGCUAUGCUGUGAAGAGAGGACCCACAGAGGAUGAUUUGAAGGUCAUGCAGAACCUGCAUGCAGUGUCCAUGGGAGCCGGCGUUCUGCCCAGUCAGAAGGCCGACUCCCCAGAGGGGGAGCUUACUUACAUGAGAGCAUUCUUUGAACGAGCAAUUGGAUCUAAAGAUUCAGAGACUUAUUACAUGAUGAACCCCAAUGGCACCAGUGGCCCUGAGCUGAGCAUCUUUUUCGUUAGGGUUUGAUCAAUAUAUUCAAAUGCAAAUAGGAAGAAAGGGUGAAAUAGCAAAGAGAAUUGUCUUUUUAAUUCUGUUUUUCCUUUUCAUUUGUCCCCCUUUUGAGUUUUCGUUUAGAUAGCUCGGUUAUAUAUGUCGCAGCAAUCUUCCUUAUUGUCAAAGCAACAUGAAGGGAUCAAGCGCACCUUAUAUGAAGCAUGUCAAUUACAUCAACAAAUGUUUAGUUCAAUGAAAAUCAUUAUUAAUGUUUGUUAGACAA